CUUUAUGAGCACGAACAGUCCAACAAGGAAGGAAUGGUAGCGAAGACAAAAUAYGGCGACACCUUUUGUGUAUCUACCGGUAAGUAUACCGGUCGCUCUCCCAAGGACAAGUUUGUCGUUCUCAACCCCGGAUCAGAGUCGGCAAAAAACAUGGAUUGGAACGAUAUCAACCAACCAACUUCCCCAGAAGUAUUCAAAGAACUGCAAGAGAAGGCCGUSGGGUAUUUUAAUACCAUCGACAAGGCAUACGUCUUUGACUGUUAUGUCGGUGCCUCCCCAGCCUCACGAAAGAAGGUCCGUUUCGUGCAUGAAAUGGCUUGGCAACAACAUUUCUGUACAAACAUGUUCAUCCGACCCGUCAGCUCGGAAGAAUUAGAAAACUUUGAACCCGACUUUACGGUUGUCAAUGCUUGUGCAGAUCAGGUGAAAGAUUACGAGAGAUUAGGGUUAAACAGCGAAACAGCUAUUGUCUUUAAUAUCGAAGAGGGCAAGGCCGUCAUCUUCGGAACCUGGUAUGGGGGRGAAAAUAAAAAGGGAAUUUUCUCAUUGAUGAAUUAUCUUUUGCCCCUAUCUAACCCACCGCAACUCCCUAUGCAUUGCUCUGCCAAUGUUGGAAAGGAUGGCGAUGUCUGUCUCUUUUUUGGCCUCUCUGGGACUGGUAAAACAACACUUUCAGCUGAUCCACACAGGGCUUUGAUUGGCGAUGAUGAACACGGUGAGCAAUAUCUUCCCUGGCGAUUCAAAAUGGCAAUAGACCGUCCUCUGCUCAUACCUUUCGGCUUGUUCUGUUGUGAUUUCCUCUCGCCACUCAGGUUGGGACGAAGACGGUGUGUACAAUUUUGAAGGAGGAUGCUAUGCGAAAACAAUCAAUUUGUCGGAAGAAACAGAGCCAGAUAUUUACCGUGCUAUUCACACCGACGCGCUAUUGGAAAAUGUUGUGCUCGAUCCCAAUACGGAUUCUCCAGAUUAUUUUGACACAUCAAUCACCGAGAAUGGACGCGUUUCUUACCCUAUUUUUCAUAUCGAUGGAUACGUAAGUAUGACAGCGAGGAGCUAUUGACAAGAUCGAAUGCCUAAUAAAUUCUGUCACAUUCAACCUCUAAUUCUGAUUACGAUUCUACUGUUUACAGCACAAGGAACAGAUGGCCGGACAUCCAAAAAAUAUCAUUUUCCUCUCAUGCGAUGCAUUUGGUGUCCUGCCUCCUGUUGCGAAGUUGUGUCCGGGCGAAGCAAUAUAUCACUUCCUCUCGGGAUAUACAGCAAAAGUAGCUGGGACAGAACGUGGAGUUAAGGAGCCAAUAGCUACAUUCUCGACCUGCUUUGGUGCCGCUUUCAUGACGCUUCAUCCUACUGUGUAUGCCGAUUUGCUUCAAAGGAAACUUGAUACUCAUGGAACCAACUGUUAUUUGGUCAACUCAGGAUGGGCAGGCGGUCCAUUCGGUGAAGGCGAACGGAUGUCCAUUAAGACAACCCGCUCCUGCAUCGAUGCAAUCUUAGAUGGAUCUAUCGAAGAAGCAGAGUUCAAAAAGGACAAAAACUUUGGGUUCAAGGUUCCUAUUGCUUUGAAUGGUGUAGGUUCCAACGUCUUGAACAUUCGAAGUACUUGGGAAGACCCAGAAAAGUACGAUGAGCAAGCCAAAAAACUGGGACGUAUGUACACUGAUAAUUUCAAACAGUAUGAGGGGAAAGGGUCAAUUGACUAUACUGCGUAUGGACCUAAGGAUAUGGGCCCAUGCAAGGAAUCRACGAGCAUUUGCGAUUGAUAUUAUCAUCGAAAAGAACGAGAAAACGACCACCAACACGUCAUACAAUGAAACCCAAGCGCCCGA